UUUGUUAAGUCAUUUCCUCUGCAAAGGACUUCCUGGCAGGUGUGAAAGGCAGCGGUGGCCACAGAGGCGGUGGAGAGAUGGCCUUCAGCGGUUCCCAGGCUCCCUACCUGAGCCCAGCCAUCCCCUUUUCUGGAACUAUCCAAGGAGGUCUCCAGGACGGACUUCAGAUCACUGUCAAUGGGACUGUUCUCAGCUCCCAACCGUUUGCUUUUCCUGGGCCUAGGUUUGCUGUGAACUUUCAGACCGGCUUCAGUGGAAACGACAUUGCCUUCCACUUCAACCCUCGGUUUGAAGACGGAGGGUACGUGGUGUGCAACACAAGGCAGAAUGGAAGCUGGGGGCCUGAGGAGAGGAAGAUGCACAUGCCCCUCCAGAAGGGGAUGCCCUUUGACCUCUGCUUCCUGGUGCAGAGCUCGGAUUUCAAGGUGAGCAGGAACCCCCUCCCCACCUCUCACCCCCGGGACCCUCAGCCCUAUCAGGUGAAUGGCUUUGUCGCUGGAGCACUGGAAAGUUUUCCUUUGGCUUUUACGGAACCAAGUAAAGCUGUCACGGGCUUCUUCUCAGCUGACAGCCCAGAUUCAUGGGAACUGGUACAGUCCUCCCCUUCCAUGUGGCGGCUGCCCUGGCUGCCACUGGCUGCUCUGUCCCCCUUCUUCCCACAGCCAAUGCCUUUUGUCACCACCAUUCCGGGAGGACUGUAUCCAUCCAAGUCCAUCAUCCUGUCGGGCACUGUCCUGCCCAGUGCUCAGAGGUUCCACAUCAACCUGUGCUCUGGGAGCCACAUCGCCUUCCACCUGAACCCCCGUUUUGAUGAGAACGCUGUGGUCCGCAACACCCAGAUCAACAACUGUUGGGGGUCUGAGGAGCGAAGUCUGCCCCGAAAAAUGCCCUUCGUCCGAGGCCAGAGCUUCUCGGUGUGGAUCUUGUGUGAUGCGCACUGCCUCAAGGUGGCCGUGGAUGGUCAGCACCUGUUUGAAUAUUACCAUCGCCUGAGGAACCUGCCCGCCAUCAACAAACUGGAAGUGGGGGGCGACAUCCAGCUGACCCACGUGCAGACAUAGGCGGCUCCCUGGCCCUGGGGCCGGGGCUGCGGUGGGGGGCAGUCUGGGUCUUCUCAUCAUCCCCACAUCCCAGGCCCAGCCUUUCCAACCCUCCCUGGGAUCUGGGCUUUAAUGCAGAGGCCAUGCCCUUGUCUGGUCCUACUUCUGGCUACAGCCACCCUGGAACGGAGAAGGCAGCUGACCAGGAUUGCCUUCCUCAGCCGCGGCAGCACCUGGGGCUCCAGCUGCCCAAAUCCUACCAUCCCAGGAGGCGGGCACAGCCAGGGAGAGGGAGGAGUGGGCAGUGAAGAUGAAGGCCCACGCUCAGUCCCCUCCCAUCCCCCAUGCGGCUCCACCCCAGUCCCAAGCCACCAGCUGUCCACUCCUGGUGGGAGGUGGCCUCCUCAGCCCCUCCUCUCUGACCUUUAACCUCACUCUCACCUUGCACCCUGCACCAACCCUUCACCCCCUCCUGGAAAGCAGGCCCGAUGGCAUCCCACUGGCCUCCACCAACUGACCGGAGUUCAGGGGACUGGACUCUUCAGGGGACUGGCUCCUUUCCCAGUGUCCUUAAAAUAAAGAAAUGAAAAUGCUUGUUGGCACAUUCA